CAGUCAUUCAGUUUGCAAGAAUAAUAUGCAAUGAAGUUUAUUAUCUUUUUAAAAUACACACUUCAUUGACUUCACACCUCACUGAGUUUUACAAUGAAGAAAAGUUUAUAAAUACAUGAGAGCCAAUAGGCUUGACAACUGCAGAAUCGUGCGUAUUGUGUUAUUCGGAAUAAACACCUUUGAAAGCUGUUACCAUGAAAUUCAGGAAAGAACUUUUUGCAAUAUUACUGACAACAGUGUUGGUUUUGACAUGGAAUAAGUUAGAAAAUAGACAACGAACAACAAUAAAAACAACUGUAAAAAAUGAGAAAUCUUUAGACCAGAAAAACGCAAAAACUGGAAUGACAAAACUGAUUGAAGUUGAUACUGUUUGUGAUGUCAUGCUCAAUAUUAUCACAACAUUCCCUGUUUUGAAUUCGAACGAUGACCUAAAUGAACGUGGAUUUUUUAGGCGAUCUUUGGUACAGUUUGAAAAGCGUCAAAUGGACUUUGUCCAAAGUCUAUUGUUGAAUAUGCAGCACCCGUGUGUUGAAAGAAUACAUUUACUCGUGGAUAACAUGGCAGUAGAAGAUUACAUAAAGACACACAAUCUAACGAAACCCUACACGUCUGAGAUAAAAAAGAUGGUUCACUUUCAUAAACUGUCACAUUACCCGACCUACAACGACUAUGCAAAAUACACCAAUGAGAAUCUAAUGAAAAAGACGAUUGCAGUUAUGAAUGCCGAUGUGUCUCUUGGCAACGGCUUUGACCUGAUAAAAAUGAGAUAUUUAACAGAAGGCAAGGUGGCUUAUUGUUUGACCAGACAUCCUACUUUAUUAGCAAACUGCAAGUCAUAUACCGCAAAAGCUAUAUGCGCAGAGCCAUACAACGGAUCCCAUGAUGUUCAUGUCUUUUACAUGGACACAGCUUUUGAUGACUGGAGUUUGAAUUUUCUAACCUUCCCCAUCAAUAGGGCAGGAGUUGAAAACUUAUUCAUGUAUGUCAUCAAAAAGAGACUGAAGAAGAAUAUAUUAAAUCCAUGUUCAAUAUUGAAGACACAUCACAACCAUUGCUCAGGAAUACGCUCUCGAUAUACAAGCACCCGACUUGAUCGUGGUGUGAAUCUCACAUAUUCUACACAUGUUGGAUACUCCACAAAAUUAGUUUGAUUCAAAUUAAAGUUUCUGUGGACUAUACUGUAACUGUUAAUAUAAACCAUAUCCAGAAAUCCUGUUAGAACAUGGAGGAUACAGUAAAACCUGUUUAAGUGGAACAUAUUUGGUUCCUCAAAUCAUUUUGAUUCAAAUUCAAGUGUCUGUGGACUAUACUGUAACUGUUAAUAUAAACCAUAUCCAGAAAUCCUGUAAGAACAUGGAGGAUACAGUAAAACCUGUUUAAGUGGAACAUAUUUGGUUCCUCAAAUCAUUUUGAUUCAAAUUCAAGUGUCUGUGGACUAUACUGUAACUGUUAAUAUAAAC